GAAACCCCCGGAUGCUGCGGGGAUAGCGUCAGAAUAUGGUGUAAACGGUCUCUUUCACAUCUUGUGACUUUAUGGGGAAAUAAUAACGCCAUUUCUCACCGUUAGAUUCUUAUAAACACGGAGAAGCGGGUGCACGUCCAGCGGCCGUCGCUCCUGAAUGGAUCCACCGACAAGAAAACCAACAUGCUAUCAUCUAUUUGUGCUGUAGACGCUUUAAAAACAAUAUAAUACAGACGCAUAAGGCUAUUUGAUGGCAGUGUUUGCUCUGUUUUGGAUGAUUUUGUCGUAUUCUUCUUAAAAACCGCGGUGCGUUCACUUACUAUGCUUUAAAAUCAAGAUGGGCUGUAUCAAAUGAUGAUGAGGAGGAUGAUGGUGAUGGUGAUGAUGAUGAUGGACGCACGAUCGAUUACAGAUGCACUCUACCAAGGUGGCAGCAAUGGCGCGAGCAGCAGCAGACACUGUGAUCAUCAUGCACUCCGUCCAUAUAGAGGAAUAAUGCUGAAAUUGAUGACUGUGGGAUCCUUAUAAAUUGUUAAUAAUACAAUGAACACCACUGUUGUUACGCCAUCAGACCUGGUGGAUGUGCCGAGACAGCAGAGCUUCAAUGGCACCAUGGGCACGCAGACCCCCUCGGGGUGGGCCGUGAUCCACACCGCCACCUUGACCUUUUGCUCCCUCCUCCUUGUCUUCAUCUUCUGCCUGGGCUCGUACGGCAACCUCGUGGUGUUCCUGUCCUUCUUUGACCCCGUGUUUCGCAAGUUCCGCACCAACUUUGACUUCAUGAUCCUCAACCUGUCCUUCUGCGACUUGUUCAUCUGCUGCGUGACCGCUCCCAUGUUCGCGCUGGUGCUCUUCCUGGACGCGGGCGGAGGCGACGGCGUGUCAAAAAGCUUCUGCUUCGCCUUCCACUUGACCAGCUCGGGCUUCAUCAUCAUGUCCCUGGAGACGGUGGCCGUCAUCGCUUUGCACAGGCUGCGCAUGGUUUUGGGGCAGCAGCCCAACCGUACCGCGUCCUUCCCGUGCACGCUGGCCCUCACCGCCCUGCUGUGGACGUCCAGCUUCACCAUGGCCGCCCUGCUCACCAUGCGAGCGUACCCGCGUAGAGAUGGACCCUGCUUGCCCCACUUUGGCCUGGGAGGCGGACAGGCCAGGGUCGUGUUGUACGUCUACCUGGCAGACUUUGCCUUUUGCGUAGCCGUGGUGUCGGUGUCCUAUCUGAUGAUCGCUCAGACGCUGAGGAAGAACGCACAAGUGAGGAAAUGUCCCGUCAUCACUGUAGACGCCACGUGCCCUCCGCCCCCACCGCCUCUCAUCGCAGCAGGCUUCGAGAGCAUGCAGUGUGCCGUUCAAGGCCCCUCUCUGUACCGCAACCAGACUUACAACAAGCUGCAGAACGUUCAGACGCACUCUUACGUCAACAAGACCAGCCAGCCUCUGGUACCAGGGGCCGCCCAAGGAGCCACCUGCUGUCAGUUGGUGUCCACGGUCAACUUGGCCACGGCCAAAGACUCCAAGGCGGUCGUCACCUGCGUGGUCAUAGUGUUCUCCGUGCUGCUCUGCUGCUUGCCGAUGGGAGUUUCGCUGGCACAGGAUGUUUUGACGCCAGAAAGCAACUUUGCACAUUACCAGUUUGAACUGUGCGGCUUUGUGCUUAUUUUUCUCAAGUCGGGCAUCAACCCCUUUGUGUACUCGCGCAACAGCGCAGGCCUCCGCCGCCGCGUGCUGUGCUGUAUGCAGUGGGCGGCGCUGGGCUUUCUCUGUUGCAAGCAAAAGACUCGUUUGCAUGCGAUGGGGAAGGGCAGCCUGGAAGUCAAUCGCAAUAAAUCCUCCCAUCAUGAGACCAACUCGGCCUAUGUACUGUCACCCAAGCCACAGAGGAGGCUGGUAGACCAGGCUUGCGGGCCUAGUCACUCCAGGGACUGUGCCGGUAGUCCGAGGGUAACAGGUGCGCGCAAACCUCGCCCACCGAGCACCUCUACACCCAUCAACACCCGCAUUGAGCCCUACUACAGUAUAUACAACAGCAGUCCCUCUGCAGGGCCCAGCUCGCCCACCAGCCUGCAGCCUGUCAGCUCUCAGACAUUUGCCUUUGCCAAGUCUUACGUAGCCAUGCACUACCACACUCACCAAGACGCACUACAAGACUUUGAAAGCACCUCAGUGCACCAGAUUCCCAUUCCCUCAGUCUAAUCAAAGAGCUGCUAUAAACAGAAAGGUUUGGGACAAUCUCACCAUGGCUUUAAAAUCAAAUGUGAAUUAAAAAGAGGAACAUGAAAACAGCCCAUUUUAUGUAUUUGGAAUCUGCAUUAACCCUUUGUUCUCUUCUUCAGUGGAAAUACAUGUUAAGUUUUCUUGAAUGAAAAAAUUGAAGUAUUAUAAGCCUUGCUAUGACUAACUAAAAACAAGCAAUAGAUUUGUAAUGAAAGUGUCCGUUCCAAAAAGUUAUUUACUGUUAUUGAAUUGGCUUAUUUUCUUUUCUUUUACAGAUUACUUAAUUUUCACAUAAAUCUGCCCCCUGUGUUGUGCACGCAUGUGCCGUUAUAACCCAAUACUCUGUAGGUUUUUCAUUGCAGCCAAAGACUGCAGUUUGUUAGAUCACGGCUGUUUCCUCUCUGGCUGAAGUUGCUGAGUGCUGAUAUAAGCUGCUGUAGUGUCGGGCUGCUAUGAAACCCUGCACAGGCCCACACAUGGCUGUUUUGAUGGCAUGUGGUUGCACUUUGAUGAACUAUUGCUUCUUUAAAGAGAAAUGUAUUUGUGAAACUCAUACACUUUUCAACACAAUAAAUGUUUGGCAAGUGCA